UUAUAUCAUACAUUUGCUAGUUCUCCUAUGCGUUUUAAGGUGCUACAGUUGGGCACGUUUGUAGUUAAUUCAAUUCUCGGCGAUUCAAUGAAAGCUUCCGGCCGGCCCCUCGUCCAGCCCCGCCCCUCGUCCAGCCCCGCCCCUCAGCGCGAACUUCCCGGGCUCCAGGUAGGCUACUUCACAUCUGCACUUCCUCCACAUCUCUACAGCUCACUCUCUCUCUCUCUCUCUCUCUCUCUCUCUCUCUCUCACGCACACACACACACACACACCCUACCAUACAUACUCCUCCUAUCACUCCUCCCUCACUCGUUUGCGUUCUCUCUCUCUCUCUCUCUCUCUCUCUCUCUCUCUCCAUCCGCCUCUGUUUUUCCGUGUCUUGUGAAAAGUGGCUACAAAUCUGUCGCAUCCAUGGCGCGCCCCUUCGGCUCCCAGCAUCUCUAUUUAGUCCCGUUAGACUUGGACAUAAUAUAGCCUAGGAGAUCGCCUUACUGGCCAAACUUAACGCUAACAACCCGCGCCUUCUUCGAGACCCCCAUCUCCACAGCUCCGAAACUUUUGUUGCUUUUCCCUCGAACACCGUGUUUCUCUGAAACCAUCCGUCUUCCUGAUGGACGGGGAUGUGUGCGCCCGGCUCCGGUGCGGAUCCACACGGCCGCUGCGGCGGAAAAGCACCGCGCGGAGGAGGAGAAGAUCAGAGCUGCUCGGAGUGAAGAUGUGUCUGAUGGGGCUGCUGCUCGCCGUGCUGUCGGGACUGGCCAACUGGACUGGCAAUGCUAGUUACGUCAUGUCCAGCGUGUCCUCUGAGAACAGUGAGACAUGGGAGAGCCGCCGGCUUCUGCAACAGUUCACCAAUGAGACUGAGGAGCAGAAGGAUGUGAGGAACUGCACUCUACCAGGUAUACAUGAGUUCCCUGAAGACAUUUUUACCAACCAAGAGCGAAUGGAGGGAGCUGUGGCCCUGCAUAUCAUAGCUGCCAUGUACAUGUUCUAUGCCCUGGCCCUGGUGUGUGAUGACUACUUUGUGCCAUCCCUGGAGAAGAUUUGUGAGCGCCUCCAUCUCAGCGAGGAUGUGGCUGGAGCAACGUUCAUGGCAGCUGGCAGCUCAGCACCUGAACUCUUCACUUCUGUUAUAGGAGUGUUUAUCACCAAGGGAGAUGUGGGAGUGGGAACAAUCGUAGGUUCUGCAGUCUUCAACAUCUUGUGCAUCAUUGGAGUGUGUGGGAUCUUCGCUGGGCAGGCCGUGCGUCUCUCCUGCUGGACACUAAUGAGGGACUCCACGUACUACACUAUCUCAGUGGCCACUCUGAUCGUGUUUAUCUAUGACGAGAAGGUUACAUGGUGGGAAUCUCUUGUCCUGAUUUUGAUGUACCUGGUUUACAUUUUAAUAAUGAAGUGUAACUCGUAUCUGCUACACUACUUUGAGUGGAGGAAGAAGAAAGCUACAAACCUGGGAAAUGGUACAGCGAGCAGCACAGACCUUGAUGAUGGAUGUGAUGCUACCGCUGUGCUACUCAAAAAAGCGAAUUUCCACAGGAAGCCAUCAGUACUGAUGGUGGAUGAGUUGCUGUCUGCAUACCCACACCAGCUCUCCUUCUCUGAAGCUGGCAUGAGGAUCAUGAUCACAAGCCACUUUUCUCCACGCACCCGACUUACCAUGGCCUCCCGCAUGCUCAUCAUGGAGCGGCAGCGUCUCAUCAAUGGUCAUUUCAGUAAUGGGGAUUCAGAGGUGACAGUCAAAUUUCCUGUAAGGCGUGGAAUGGAGAACGGCAUAGUGGGUGUAGAGCGAGGCCUGAACACAUGGAGGAACGGGCAUCGUGAUGAUGACACACGAGGGGCAGAUCCUGGCACUGAUACAGAGAAUGAGAAUGAGGAUAAUGAGAACAAUGAGAAUGAUGAAGAAGAGGAGGAGGAAGAUGAGAAUGAAGGACCCUUUGUUCCUUUCCACUGCCCAGGGGGCAUGUGCAAUAAGGUGAAGUGGCUGCUGGCAUGGCCGCUGAGUCUGCUGCUUUUCUUCACGGUGCCCAACUGUGCCUCGCCUCGCUGGGAGCGCUGGUUCAUGGUCACCUUCAUCACCUCCACACUCUGGAUCGCUGGCUUCUCUUACAUCAUGGUGUGGAUGGUGACAGUCAUCGGCUUCACUCUGGGCAUCCCAGAUGUCAUUAUGGGAAUCACAUUUUUGGCUGCAGGCACCAGUGUCCCUGACUGCAUGGCGAGCCUUAUAGUAGCACGGCAAGGCCUAGGUGAUAUGGCCGUGUCUAACUCCAUUGGCAGUAAUGUUUUUGAUAUACUGGUUGGUCUGGGGCUGCCCUGGACUCUCCAGACUCUCGCUAUUGACUACGGCUCAACAAUUCAUCUCAACAGCAAAGGCCUCAUUUUCUCUGUUGGACUGCUCUUAGCAUCUGUGUUUCUCACGGUUCUGGGUGUGCAUCUGAAUAAGUGGACCCUGGACAAACGUCUGGGCUUUGCAUGUGUCCUGAUGUAUGCUGUUUUCCUGUGUUUCUCCAUCCUUAUUGAAUUCAAUGUCUUCAUCUUUGUAAAUCUGCCCACUUGUCAGUGACACCACUCUUCUUGAUCACUACCCUCUCUUGGUCGGUUCUAUGAGGACUUGUCAUUCCUCGUCUGAGGAAGAUCUGACCUGUCCUUUAUGAAAACUUUCUUCUCGAUCCAGUAAAUCCUCCCUUUUUUCCACUUGUGAUGGAGCAUUUGGUCAGUGGCUUUGGCCAGUGGAAAGAGGAAAGGAGAGGAGCAGAUAUGCAUGGUGGAUCUGUUCAAAGGUGCAAACUUCUUAGACAGGACCGGGAGAUGGACAAAGAUGACUACUGCCUGGUUUGAUGUGAAAACAAAAAGGUUUGAAUAUUUUAUAUGAAUAUUAAUAACUGAAUUGUUAUUGAAAUAUUAAGAAUUUUAUGUCUGUGUGUUUUGAUUACAUGUGUUUUAUUAGCUGCUAAACUGGCUACGAAAAGGUCAGACUGAAGACCAUGGCCAUGAUGUACUGAGUACUUAUGGAUA